GGACUGUUUUCUCUGUUUAUAAAUAUGGAUAAUCCUUUAACUCCUAAUAAAAUUCAACGGCUAAUGCACUUGGCUGAAGAUAAGUCUUUCCAUUUGGCUCGACGCGGUCUACCUGUGAAAAAUGAAACACCGAGUGUUAAAAAAGAUAAAAAUAAAACGACUCCAAACAAAACUGGAACUAAUUAUGAGUCUUCGUCUGGAAUACUAGACCUGGAACAAAUAGAAGUUUUUGGUGAAUCUGGUCUGGGAAAUAUGUCAUUUAGUAAAUCAAAUGUCUUCAACCCUGGUGAACUAACUGGUAGAUCUACAGGAGCAGAAGAUGAGAAUAUUAAAGCCGCCACUCGGGAAUUCGAAGAAUAUGGGAGACACUCCGUCGCUAUAGACAGUAUUACAAGCCAUAUGGACAAACAGACGUCUGAAAUUAAUGAUAUCAUGAGACACUCAAUAGCAACUAACUAUUCGUUUCAUUCUAAGAGAGAUCUGACAGCUGACGAAGCUUCGCUGGUUAUGCGUGAAGCCCCACUGCCGAUACAACACAGCACACAGCUUAACUUCCAUGAGAGCAUGCUUAUGAGUAACACUAAUAUGUCAGUUGGGGCGUAUUUCAAGAAUCGAUGUCCUGAAUUUGGGAAAAUCCUCGCUAAUGUUGACAGUCCCGACAGACCGAGCAUCACGGAAGCGUCUUCAGCGCCGACAGACGUGAGUCAGGGCGUUCACAACAACACGUACCAGAUGGACCACACGCUGGACUGUGUUCCCGUGAAACAACCGCGAGCUAAAACGGAAAAAAUCCCAGACAGAUCACUCGUCACCAAUCUAUUCCCUAAAAAUGAAGCCAAUUUCAUACCAGCGAAGACGCAUCUGGACGUGUCUAACGUGAAACAAGACAAGGGCGUCAAUAAGAGCAGUGCAGCGAAAGGAAACCAAUCGAUCAGCCAGAAGACGUUCAAGUCUUCCAAACCCACGGACGUGUUGCUCAGGAACCUGCAGUCUUCGUUGCGAAUGGUUACCGAGGACACGGAAUGUUCUACCGAAAAUUCAUUGAGCAUAUCGAAGAUAGCAGAUUAUUUGGGUAAGCAGUCGAAUGUAAGCGUAACAGAUAUACUGCAACUGAACAACAAACGCCCGAACACGAAACCCUUGGCGGAGCUACCGGUGAAGAGUUUAGAAACGAGAUUGGAUAAUAAGACGAACAUACAAGACCUGUACGUCACUAGCUUGAAAGAUACCAAGGGGAUGGACGUAGCGAGUUCAUCUGGCACGGUCAACACUGUGAUAUCUCUGGAGAAAUUGAAGAUAUGUGAUGAGAAGGUGGUGCCAUCGGUGGUGGUGACGAGACACUCUCUCGACCCACACGCGGAAAACGAUGUUAAAUUCAAUAGAAUCGAAAGAUCCAACUCACCGUCCAGCAAAAGCUGGUCCACGCUCAGUACGGUGCAAGAAAAUGUUGCCAGUUUUAAAUCUGAUAGUCCAAUGCCAACGGGUAAAGGCCAGUGUAGUCCGCACAUGCCCUCACCAAACGUAGAGUAUAAAGAAUUAGAUGAGUCGGUAGAUUGGAGGGAUGUGUUGGAAUAUAAAUACCGACAACAACUCUUAGCUAAAGAGAAGUGGGCUGAUAUAACAGUGGCACCGGUUCAAGGAUUCGUUGGUGUUGUAAUGCCGGUUACGAUUUCGGUGACAACCCUAACCGACAGCUGGUUGACCGCCAAAUUCGAAUUCGACAGUCUCAUAGACAUCGAGCGCUAUUUAACAGUGGAACUACCCCGGCUGCCCCUACUGCUGUCCCCCGGGAAGACGGAAAAGUUCACGUUGCACAUCACAUCCAACGUGGAGAUAGAUAGCCAACUGCCGUUUACGAUGUACCUGAAGGACGCCUCAGUAGACGGCGACAUCCAGCAGAAGGGAUGUAUAGACGUACAGAUGAAGAUGCCCGUCAUACAAGCCGUGUCGUGCGACGGAGUCAACAAACUGACCUUCCCGAGCACGCGAGAAAACUCUAUUAUGACGAAGUAUUUCGUCCUUAUAAGCGACAGUCCGGUUGAUUUGCAACUGGAGCUAGUGGUGGUGGAGGGGGACAGCUUGUUCGUUAUAAAGUCCUUGCAGGAGAUCAAAAAGACCGACAUCAGCAGGGCUCUGAUGGAACGCCAAGCGUCCUCCGAGGAGCCCAAGGCGAAAGGAAAGGGCAAAAACAAACAGUUGUGUAGGUUAAGCAGCGGAGACGCUAUCAAAGUCGCCGUGACCUUCAACUCGCCGAGACUUUCAGAUUUAGAAAUAUCGGAGAAAAUGGUGACAUUCAAAGGUGCGCUGAACGUGAAUCUGAUCGGUGUGAACACUCUGGUGAAGAAAGUAAGCCUCGUCGCGUCGGUGGGCAGCGCGGACCUCGUCAUACCGUGCAGUAAACUCAGCCUUACCAACGAAGCAACAACCAUAACUUUACGAAAUGAAGGUGAGGUAACUGGAGUGUGGGCGAUCAAGUUCAGGGGUACCACAACAGAGGGCUCCUUCCCUUUCAAAGUUUCCUCAACCAAAAUCGAAAUAAACCCUAAAUGUUCGAAAGACCUCAGCUUGAUGUACACUGGCUCUGCAGAUACGUAUAAUGCUGGAGUUCUGGUAUUCGAGGACGCGGUGAACGGUAACAUAAGCACCAUAGACAUAAACGGCGGCCAGGACAGAGUCAAAACAUUCCCCAUCAAGACCAACUACAACAACAUGUCGUGGGUGAGGAACGAGAGGAAGGAACUCAGUUUGAAGAAUAUCAGCAACAAAAAGAUUCAAAUAAGAUGUCAGAUAGUGGGCGAGGGCUUCCAAAUAGACUUGCCCGGCGUCGAAUCUAGAGGCUCGUGUAUUUUAACAUUCAGCGCGUGCGAAUGUAGACCGCUGCCUAUAAUAUUCAGCCCUAAGUCCAGUAAGCCGCACGUAGCGACCCUGCACCUCGUGUACGAUAAAAGCAGCGAAUUUUCAAGGAAGAUCAAACUCCACGGCAGUAGUGGCGGUUCGCUAAUUCGUUGGAGCGCCCUCCUCACGUACGGGGACACCGCCCUGGCGCAGGCCUCCGCCCGCACGCCCACCGCCCUCUCUUUGUACAACAAGGGCCACUCGGCGGCCUUCGUGUGCGCCGCCGUACAAUUCAACCUUCAAUAUCGUUUCCUGUCGGGCGAGGCCCAGCUGCUGGGUUCCAAGUGCGUGGUUCGAGCUCGCAGUAAACACUCGCUGACACUCCGCCUGCCGUGGUCGAAGCUUGAGAGGCGAGCGCGGCCGGGGAGCGCGCUCGCUAACGUCAGUGUGCUGGCUGGACCGGAAAUUAUACGACGGAGAAUACUAAGGAUACUGAGGAGUGAAUCAACAAACGGCGAGCCGGACUUGUCUUUGUUGCCGGAACAUUUACACAUCAUAACACACACCUUCGAAGGUGAAGAUCCCUCGGCGGACAAUUACUUGGAAAAUUUCAGCGAAACUAAGGCUUCACUGAACGAGCUCAUCGAGAGUCUACAGGAACUGAGCGCUAAAAUCGAUCUCCCUCAAGAGCUCCCAGACGAUAACACAAUCGUUCUCACAGACGACACCGUGGUCGAGCACUAUACUCUGUGCGAGUAAAUAUUUAUUAGGGCAUUAAUAUUAAUGAUGUAUCAAAGAGCUUUGUGUAGUUAUUAUGGAUCGUUUAUGUUAUAAUAAUUUAAUGUUCAUUAAUUCUAACAAUAAGAAGCGCGACGCGUCUGACGUCGAGGCCAGGCUUGAAUGUUCUAAUAUUGUACUUAAUUAAAAUAUGGAUGUAGCGUCUCGUCUCAUCAAGACGUAUGUAAACCUGAUGAGUGAUGCGAGGAACAACCUGAACGUAAUUUUCCGUCCAGAUUUCUCAUGAUUUUCUUGGUUUUUGAGAAACAAAGAGCGAGAGCAGAUGCAGAUAGUAUCGACGUCACUGCGCUUCACAAUUAUUAUGGUCACAAAUAAAAGGCUUCAUCUUA